AAACUUUAUAAAAAUACUCAACUCUCUCUCUCUCUCUCUCUCUCUCUCUCUCUCUAGAGACACACUCCUAAUUCCUAUUAGUGGUGCCCUCUCUAUUUUAAAAAAUUGAAACUAUAUUCUAUGCCUUUAAAAAGAAUGGUCUUUGAUUUUAUCGAGUUUACUUAAUAUAAAAUUAAAAAAAAGAAACGAUCGAUCACCUUUAGACUGUGAUUAAUCAUAGCAUCUAUUUUUAUUCUACUAACGAAAAAUGACCCAAUAUAUUGAAUGAGGCUUGUCUGCUAAUUACUAUUAUAAUUAGCAGUAAUGUUAAAUAUUUUGUUUCUCGUCAAUUUCGGUGAUUUAUGGGUGAAUGGUAAAUUUUUAGGCCAUAUUGAAAAAGGAAUACGCUAAGAAUAGUAUACAUUGAACUGGCCUAUAAAUUGCUCAAGUACUGUAUUCAGAAUUUCGUUUCUUUAAAUGAAUUUUUAAAAACAAUGUUAUUGACCUUUCUUCUUUGAAAAUGCGCUUUUCAUUUCAUAAUAGGAUUGCAAAAGUAAAAGUGCAGGUAUAACAACCCAUAUCCCAUUAUAGAAUACCAUAUAAACCCAGAGAUAGAGCCAGUUAUUUGUUGCUAAAUUGGGAGAUCCUAACAAUAUAUCUGGUACAAAAGUCAUCCAACCACCAUAAAUUUCUCCAACGCAUAGAACGACUUGUAAGAAAUGCCUGUAAUGCUUAUUUUUAACUAUUGCGUAGACUAAUACUAAGCACAUUGGUCCUUCUACGAAAACAGUUAUAAUCUCUAAUGAAACUAUACAAGGGUCUAAGAUUAGCCAUCUAGCAUCAGCUUUGCCAUAUUCUUUCCAUACUAGUGAAGUCCAAUGAGUAGAUUUUUCAACAGUUGUUGUAAGUGAUAAAAUAACGAAUGAUAACUCUAAACUUAAGUGUAUCAUUGCGUCCCAGAUUAACCAAAAAAUUACAAAUUUGUCAGUUUUCCUUACUGUUUUACUUAUUUUAUUGGUAAUAAACCAUGCUCCAAUUGCCAUGGCAGCCGUAGCAAUCAUGGAUACUAUGGAAACUUGGUUGAUUAUCGGUUCCGUUUGAUCGUCCAUUCCUUUUCUUGCAAUUCUCUUCUAUUAACUCUGAAAACAGAAGAAAUUUUCUAACCAAAGCUCAUAAAUUUAGACACUCAGGUGAUUUUCUUUCUAUUUUCUGUAUUUAUAGACAACUGAUAUCAUAUCAGAAUAAUUCAUGUCUAUUUUUCAGAACAGUUAAGAUAAGGAUCAGAUUACAGAAAUUUCUUUAUCGUACGAUUGAAAUAUAACGCGACCUUAAAAAUUAUAAUAUUAAGCGAUAAUAUAGCAAAUUGAAGAACAUUUAUGUAGUUUCCUUCUACAUUAUUGAUAUAGUAGUUCUUUUCUCUGAGAAGACAGCAAGAAACAUGACUGCAAAAAAAUUGAAAAUUAUAAAUUUAUCCAUCUUCUUGGCUUUCUUCUAUGGAUAUGGAGAUUGUAGAAAGAUCUUUCAAGGCUAUCAGAAUUAUACAACGUAUAAAACUGGAACUUUGAAUGUUAUCCUUACUGUUCCUCAUGGUGGUUCUAUGAAACCUUCGUCAAUUAAGGGUAAUACCAUAGCAUAUCUUUAAGUUUAUGCAUUAUUACUAUUAUUAAUGAUAAUCCUUCUCUUUUCAGAUAGAACUAUUGCCUGCGCAAAUUCCGAAGGACAAUGCACAUGGAAGACUGAUUGCCAUCAACCGACUAGCAACUGCACUCCUCUUGUUGAAUCAGACUAUAACGUUCAGUUACUAGCUGAUACUAUUUCCGAGAAACUGAAAGACAUAACCGGAAAAUAUCCCUAUAUUAUUCAAACUGAAUUGAAGAGAAACAAGUUAGAUCCGAAUAGAGAUAAACCGGAAGCUACACUUUUCGAUCCAGAAGCUAUUAAAGCUUGGAAUGAUUUUCAAAACUAUAUUAAAGAGGCCAAAAACGAAAUUAAGAAAGGCCUUCUUUUAGAUAUUCACGGUCAGAGUCAUAUAGAAAAGUGGAUCGAAUUAUCAUAUUUUGCCAAAAUUUCUGAAAUAAAUUCAGAUCAAUUGCAAUCUGAUAAGUCAUCGAUUUAUACCAUGUCUAAAAGAUUUCCGGAAACCAAAUUUAAUGAAUUGAUUUACGGCAAUGAAAGUUAUGGUGGUUUGUUGGAAUCUAAAGGCUAUAAAGUUGUACCAAGUCCUUCUUAUAAGAAGCCUGGUUCAGGCAAUUAUUUUCCUGCUUAUUAUAUAACAAUGGAACACGGUUCGAUGAAAGGUGGAAAUAUCGAUGCCAUACAAGUGGAAACACCCUUCGCUUAUAGAAGGAAUCUCACCUAUAUUUCUAGAUAUGCGGAGGACGUUGCCAGUGUUACCGUUGAAUUUUUAAAGAAAUAUUAUGGUUCUACAUCUAGUGGAGCGGAAAGAGUUCUAAUUUCUAUUCCCAGUAUGAUUCUUUUUAUAUCAAGUUUUAUAAUGCAGCUCAUAGAUUAGAUAUAUCCUCUGAGAGAGGGAUUUAUCGGGUUUAAAGAAAAUGAGUAGUGUGUCGGGGAGGAGGAAUAUCAUACAAACAAAAUAAUAAUAGCUAUACUCUAUUUGGAUUUUAUCUAGAAUGGGAGAUGGAGGAGGAGAGAGUUAGGAGGAGAUAGAGAUUAAAAGAAAGUAGCAAAUAUUUUAGACUUAAUACACAGUAGCAAUUGGAAUAAAAAAUUUGUUUUAUUUAAGUUAAUGUGUAGGAGGAAGCCUAAAAUAUUAAUGAAAUACAACUCUCUUUUUCCAUUUCUUCUUACUUUUGCUCAGAUUCAUUUUUGACAUUUUUUAGUUUUAAAUAAUUUCCUAUUUUUCUCUUUUAAAUUAAAAAUAGAAAAGUAUUAUUUAAAUAAGAAAUUAAUUACUUUUUCAAUUGAUUUUAAUACGAAUGUAAAUGAUAGAUAGGAAUGCAAUUUGAUAAAAAAAACAAAUUUCUUCAACUAGGUGGGAGUAGUGUUUCGGUUCAAAGAAAAUGUAAUUGAAUAUAGUUUAAAAGAACAUGGACAAAACUAUCUUAAUUUCAGACGCAAAUUAAAUUUACUAUAUUUAUUCAAGUAGUCUUUUUAUUAUAUUAAAUAAGGAGGCUUUCUUCUUUGAAAAGCCAUUCAUAGAGUUCUUAUAUAAUACUUGUAUAUUAUAUUGUAUUUACCAUAUAAUUAUAUAGAUUAGUGAUAAUAAAACUAUAGUUUAUAAAUCAAUUAUUGUAUUCUUGCAUUAUUCAUUUAUUGGAGAGAUUCAAAUAGAAAUAAGCCACCUUUUUCAGCCAUAGCACCGUCUUUUUUGCAAUAGCAAGUUAUGUACAGUUUUGUUCCUAUGUGAGCAGCCAUAAUGGGAUACUUUGCAUUUUUAUACUCAAUUGUCUCUGGAAGCCAUAUUUGUAAAGUACCGCAAUGAUUACCAUCUUUAUCGUAAAUAACUACUUGAUUUUUUUCGGCAUAGGUCGUUAAGAAUUGAUUAUUUGAGAAACAAGUAAUCGAAUCAUUACCUUUCAGUGAUGGAAAACACUUGAGAAUUUCGCCGUCUUUACCAUUUAACAAUUUUAUAAUUCCGUCUUUAGAAUCAAUAAAGACUAUAGUUCCAUUAAAUAAACAAGCUACUUUAGACGCAGUAAAGGUUUUAUUGGUCCAAAUCAAUUUCCCCCGGAUAUCGUAUAAUUGGAUACAACUAUCAGUUCCAACAAUUAAAUAACCAUUGUAAAAUUUCAUAUCACUAAUUAAUAUAGGUUUUUCAACAUUUAUAAAUUCAGACCAUUCUUUUCCUUCAUCGAGGUCGUUUGUUUUCAUUAUUCGAUUAUUCGUCAAGUCACCAACCAUUAAAUUUAGACAGCCCGAUUUACAAACGGUAAUAGACGAAAGUUUAUCAUUUGGUUUUGAUGUAUAAAUUGUUCUAUUAAAAUCUCCAUUUUGAUAAUAAACUUUCACUCUGCACAUGUUUCUAGCCUCACUCAUUAAUAAAUAUAUAUGAGUUGAAAAGCUGCAAAUAUCUUGAAUAACACCAAUCUUUGGUGUUGAAAGAAAUUUAUCAUUUCUACUAUAUGCAUAUAUAUCAUUA